AUGGCUGGCUCUCGCCCAACCUGGUGCCCACCAGGACCCCCAGGUCCCUUUCUUGCCAGCCUGGUGCCCCCCUCAAACCUGGGUUGGGGGUUGUUCCUCUCCGGGAAGGGGGUGGUGGAGGGGGGGGCAAGGUUUUGCCCUUCCCUCUGUGGAAGCUGCUGUCCCCUGGUGCCCCCCAAACCCCGCAGCGGGGCAGCAGCUGGGGUGUUACCCCACACUCCACCCUCUUACCCAACACACCACUCCCUUACCCCACACACCACAUUACCCCACACACCCUCCCCGCCCCGGGAGGAGGCUCCGGAGUGGGGCUACGAGGAAGGGGUGGAGUGGGGGCUGCUUUUCCCGGAUGCCAACGGGGACUACCAGUCGCCCAUUAACUUGAACUCGAGGGAAGCCAAAUACGACCCCUCGCUGCUGGAAGUGCGCCUGUCGCCCAACUACGUGGUGUGUCGGGACUGCGAGGUGAUCAACGACGGGCACUCCAUCCAGAUCGCCCUCAAGUCCAAGUCAGUGUUAAUAGGGGGGCCGCUGCCUCGAGGACAUGAGUUUGAGCUGCACGAUGUUCGAUUUCACUGGGGGAGAGAAAACCAGCGUGGGUCUGAACACACAGUUAAUUUUAAGGCCUUUCCCAUGGAGCUUCAUCUAAUGCACUGGAACUCCACGCUGUACGGCAGCAUUGAUGAGGCAGUAGGGAAGAAGCACGGCAUAGCUAUUAUUGCUUUGUUUGUGCAGAUAGGAAAAGAGCACGUAGGCCUAAAGGCUGUAACUGAAAUUCUCCAGGACAUCCAGUACAAGGGAAAGUCCAAAACAAUACCCUGUUUUAAUCCCAACUCUUUAUUGCCAGAUCCUCUUCUGCGUGACUACUGGGUGUACGAGGGCUCUCUGACCAUUCCUCCCUGCAGUGAAGGUGUCACCUGGAUAUUAUUUCGCUAUCCUUUGACUGUGUCCCAAGUGCAGAUAGAGGAAUUUCGCAGACUGAGGACACAUGUUAAAGGUGCUGAACUUUUGGAGGGCUGUGAUGGAAUUCUAGGAGAUAACUUCAGACCAACUCAGCCACUUAGCGACAGAGUCAUCAGGGCCGCAUUUCAGUAGCAGAGGAAGAAGAACAACAAAAAUAAAUCUUUAUUCAGAGAGGGGGGAAGACAAUGCUCCCACAGUGCCCUCAGAUGAGAAAUGGAAACUUUGGAGGCUGCUGCUUCAGUUGAACCACAAAGCCUGUAUUGUUUGUCUUCAUCUAAUUCAGCCUUGAUAGACAGCUGUGACAGUCGGUCUGUCCGCACGGUCCGGUGAAAUUCUGGGAAUGGGGCCUGUACAUUAAAAGAAGAAAACACGUUAAAUCUUCCAAUUCACACUCUUAACUAUUUUUAAAUGGUAAUUAUCAUUGCUUAUAUAGUUUCUAUGCCACAGCAUUCAAUAGUGGUCUGUUGUCCAAAUAGUACUAAUUUUAAGCUUGGUAUGAAUGUUAAUAUGUAGAAAUAGUCAUUAUUGUUUUGAAUGUUAGAUUUAAUUUUAUUCCCUGUCGUCUCUUGUGUUGUCAGUAACCAUCUUUUCUGUAGAGGGGCGGUGCAUUCUAUAAAGCUAAUAAAAACAUUGUUUGUUCCCAGAGAGUA